CAGUAGUAGGAGCUACUUCUGCAUUUCUUCCAGCCCGCCCAUAGGGGGUGGGACCAAUGGGUGGGACCCAUAGCCAGUAUGGGGACCUCCCUCCCAGAUUGUAAACAGUGUCAGCCAUCCUGUAGCUAAGCUACCUCGCUCUUGCUCUUGUGGAGAAAGCCGAGUAGUAGAUUCACCACGAUGGCAGAAGGUAGUUCUGAAGACGAUAUGGCAGAAGGUGAUUUUGAAGAUCUGGUGCGCGAAUCUGAUGCUCGUGGCUACCUGUACGAGCCGAAUUACAGCGAGGAACAGUUGCGGAUGAUAGAGGAACAAGAGGCUGCCGGAGCAGCUGCUGUAGCAGAGGAGCGAGAUUUGCCUGGCGGUAUUGAGGAAGAUCCCGGGCAGACUCGAGCUGGGGCGGAUUGGUGGUGUCAGUGUUGUCGCUGUGCGCCAAUGGACACAGACAGAGAGUCCUGUUGCUGUCGCGAAUUUCAGCGAUGCCAUUUUCUUCUUGAAGAAAUAGCUGAAUCUGCUGACGAAACGGCACCGCCAGCAUGUGUAACAGAGCACCCUAGCUUUGGUCCACACAUGGACAGGGGAGUCCUGGAAACUUAUUUCAGGAUCCCGAAAGUGAAUUGGAAACGCCAACCAAAGCCCGCAGGGAGAAACGGACGCCUGAGUAUAAAACAAUAUCGCCUAACAGCCUACCGUCACUUCGUGGAAUGGGUCCUGCAAGGCGAGAGAUUGGGAAAAGGCUAUCGUCUUGUUUUGCCUGCCUGUGUUGUUCAGGACAUCAGACGGAGAUAUCCAGCUCCUGACGGACAAUACUGUGGCUAUAAAGAAACUAUUGAAGCUCUGGAUGAGCUAUGAGUGUGAAAUUGAUCAGUAUGCUGGUUCUUCAAAAACUUACAAAUUGUUCUUGGCCAGAGGCAGGAAUUCUGACUGGUGUUGAAGUCAGCAACAAUUGUUUUUCAUCCUCCGACGAUGACACUAACGGAUUAUACGUGAUUGGAGUCUGAAAUUACAUAAAUUCAAUAACGUUAAAAACAUUUGAAUGAACUGAACUUUUUCUGAAGUGAAAACAACGUAAGAAUAACAUUGCCAAAAUAACAAGGGCACACCUCUAACAUAUGCACAUUUAAAGGGUUACACCCGGACAUAGAUGACCAUGUGGGUGUCAAUUCUUUUGAAGUUUACAGGAAUUAGCAUUCUUUUGUUCUAAUCUAGUCUGCAGGACAGCAGGGGUCCAAGAUAGAGACAAAAGGUUGAUUUCUGCUGUGAAAAGGAGCUUUGUCAUGGUUGCUAAAUUUCUGACAUGAUCUAAUUUAUCUUGAGAAAUUUAGGAAGGUUUGAACACAAUGACCAGUGUUGGGCAAGUUACUUCCA